AUGGAAAACUGUUCAAUUAUGGCUUUUUCUGAUAGCCAUAUAGCCCAGCAGGUUGAGAAACACUUUCCUCGUACUGCUCACCAUAUUUUCAAUAUUAUGAUUGAACAAACUCCUCCCAACACCAAGUUGCAAAUUUCAAAGGCAUUUUGGGUGAAAUAUUGUGACUCCUUUUCGAAUCAAGUAUUUCCUAAGCUUCCAUGUGGAUCAACAAAGGAGGCAGAGUUGACUAAAAGUAGUGAUGGAAAGGAGAACAAUGUUGUUGAUAUUGACGAUUCUAAUGAAGAUUCAGACUCUCGGCCCAACAAGAUAAGGAAAACUAGUCCUUAUGGUAAUUCUGAAGCUGCAAAUAAAAUAAAACCAGUAUCUGAAGCAAAUACUGAUCAUGACAAUCAAGGCAUAGGCACUAAUAAUAAUAAUAAUAAUAAUAAUAAGAGGCCUUCAUCUAAAGCAGCCACCGAAUUCUUCACAGACAAUCCUUACUUCCAAGUGAAAUUGAGAGCACAUCAAUUGCGUGGAGAUGGAAAAUUGUAUAUUCCAGUGGCUAUUGCAAAAUCUUGGUUUGAGAAAAAGGCACAAAUUGUCAGUCUUUGGGUUGGUGAAGAAUAUUGGCAUGUGAAUUUAGCUAUUAAUAAGGGAUCAUCAUCUUCUGGAUUAGAGUAUAGGUUUUCUGGUGGAUGGCAUGCAUUUGCAAGAGACAACUCUCUUCAGCCAAAUGAUGUAUGCAUCUUUGAGCUGAUCAACAAGAAUAAACCUGAGGUUAAAGUUACUAUUUUUAGACAAAGUGAAAGUAGUAUGGCUCAACAAUAAACUCUUGUAAUUAUAUCAAAUCUUCUACUUAUACAAUUUAUCCCAGCUGAAGGGGUUUUGUUUUUUUUAUAUUCGACACUUAAUCAAUAUAAGGACUAAAAUGGUUGCUAAUUAAUGUACAUAUUAUUACUAAUUAGUGUUUUCUUAAUUUGUAAUUAAUCUCUUAAGCCAUGCCUAUUUGAUUUCUAAAAUUCACUUUAAAGGAUACUUUAAAUCAACAAGAAGAUUACAUCUUUUAAAGGGAUGUUCUCUAUGCAUUAGAAAUGAUAAGGUAGCUUAUGAACAAAUGUUAAUUAACUCAUAUGGCAAACUGCUUAGAAAUUCACAACAUUGAUGAUAUGAGAAGUGACGAACUCAGAAUUUUUAUUAUGUGAAGGCUAUAUUGUUAUUAAAAAAAUAUUAGGUCUACUUUAUUUUUGUGGGAUUUAUUUUUUUAAUUUUUGUGUUAUAAUUAUCAAAUGAAAAGAAGAAUAUUUAAUUUUUUUAAUGCAAUUUUUUGUUUACUGGGGCAAUGCAAUUUUUUCAAUGUAUUAAGAUAUGUAAUGAGCAAAAUCAAACUAAUAUAGAAUGUAUUCGAGAGUGAUAACAAUUGAGCUAAGAUGAGGGAAGAAGUGAAUAUAUACUCAUAUUUUCAAUCCUACAAGCAAAAUCAAUUUGAACUCCUUAAAAUAUGGUCGGAUUUGGACUUAUUAUUAUCUUUUGUUAUAUUAAAAUUUUAUUCUCUAUUUUUAUUUUACAUCUAUUUAUCAUGUAAGUUGCAAGUUCAAUGUAAGUCCAAUGUAUAUGGAUUAUUGAAUAUGCCUUUAAAUGUACAAUAAACUUUCUCAAUUAAAAAAAAAAUUCUUUACCAAUCACAUAUUGUUUUUAUUAGAUCAUCUCCAAUACCAAAUAAAUAUCACUAAAAAUCUAAUUAGUGUUUUUAAGCUUACCAAAAAUAACAGGGUGUUUCUUAAAUUUUAUUAUUCCACUUGUUAUUUUGUCAUGGGGUAAUUAGAUUUGAGUGUAGUUGGAGAUAAUUGCACAAUCU